AUGCUUCAAGUUCCUGUGCGGGAGCAUUCUAGCCAGGCCUCCACCAAGGCCGUGAUCUUGGUCGGAGGUCCCUCGAGAGGUACUCGAUUCCGCCCAUUGUCGCUUGAUGUGCCCAAGCCCCUUUUCGAAGUCGCCGGCCACCCCAUCAUUCACCACUGCCUGAAGGCGGUGGCCAAGGUCCCCGAUGUGCGCGAGGUUCUUCUGGUUGGAUAUUAUGACGAGACCGUGUUCCGCGACUUCAUCAAGGAUGCGUCGAAGGAAUUCCCCCAGUUCCGCAUCUCGUAUCUCCGCGAGUACACCGCAUUGGGCACCGCAGGUGGCCUGUACCACUUCCGUGAUGCCAUCCUCAAGGGCAAGCCCGAGCGCCUGCUUGUGUUGAACGCCGAUGUCUGCUGUUCGUUCCCUCUGGGCGAGAUGAUGCGCCUGUUCGAUGAGAAGGAUGCCGAGGCUGUGAUCCUGGGUACACGCGUGUCCAACGAUGCCGCAACCAACUUCGGAUGCAUCGUCUCCGACUCCCACACCAAGCGUGUCCUCCACUAUGUCGAGAAGCCCGAGUCGCACAUCUCCAACCUGAUCAACUGCGGUGUUUACCUCUUCGCCACCGAGUGUAUCUUCCCCGCCAUUCGCAGUGCCAUCAAGCGUCGCACCACCCGGCCCCGCCUGCUGUCGUACCCCUCCUCCGAUAACCUGGAGUCUUCCUUCGUCGCCAUGGGAGAUGAUGAGGAUGCCGAGAAGAACGAGGUUCUUCGUCUGGAGCAGGACAUUCUAUCCGAUUUGGCUGAUAGCAACCGCUUCUUCGUCCAUGAGACCAAGGACUUCUGGCGCCAGAUCAAAACCGCUGGUUCUGCCGUUCCCGCCAAUGCCCUGUACCUUCAGAAGGCAUUCCAGGCCGAGUCUCCUGAGUUGACUGCCCCCUCUGCCACCAUCGUGCCCCCUGUGUACAUUCACCCCACCGCUACUGUCGACCCCACCGCCAAGCUUGGACCGAAUGUCUCGAUUGGCCCUCGUGUCGUUGUCGGCGCCGGUGCUCGUAUCAAGGAUUCGGUUGUGCUCGAGGACGCUGAGAUCCGUCACGACGCUUGUGUCAUGCACUCCAUCAUCGGUUGGAGCAGCCGCGUCGGUGCCUGGGCUCGCGUCGAGGGAACACCCAUUCCCAUUGGAAGUCACUCGACCAGCAUUGUGAAGCACGGCAUCAAGGUGCAGAGCAUUACCAUUCUGGGUAAGGAGUGUGGUGUCGGCGACGAGGUCCGCGUUCAGAACUGCGUGUGCUUGCCUUACAAGGAACUCAAGCGGGAUGUCGCCAACGAGGUCAUUAUGUAA